UGGUGAUGCUGCUGUUGACACUGGGGCCUGCACAGAAGCUGAAUGUCUCUGCCCCCACAGACUGUGCCCAGUGGUGCCCUCCAAAAUCCACGUGUGUCAAUGCCACUGCCUGUCGCUGCUCCCCAGGAUUCAUUUCGUCAUCUGGGGUGAUCUUCACCAGCCUGUUGGAGAGUUGUGAUGACAUCAACGAGUGUGGUCCUUCCUCGACAGUGUCCUGUGGGAAAUUUGCAGACUGCCAGAACACAGAGGGGAGCUACUACUGCACAUGCAUUCCAGGUUACAAGCUUGUUUCCGGGGCAAGAACAUUCAGGAAUGAGAGUGAGAACACAUGUCAAGUUCCUGAUCCUGAGAGAAGACCGGAUGGCCAGGACCCAGAAGGAUGUUGUGUGGAGUCUAAGCAGAAUAACAUGGAGGCACCCCCAUACAAACGUGGAGAAUUGGGUGAUGAGAAGGGGCUCCCAUCUAGACUAGAUAGCAGUGGGAGAUAUCGGGGACAAGCAGGCAUCUUUUUCCCCACCUGGACCCCACCCCGUGGAAUCAAGAGCCGGAGACUCUCCCGCUUCUUUAAAAGAUUCGAAGAUCUGGGCAGAAAUUUCAUACCAGCCUUUGUCCAGGACACCAUCCAGGAUGUCGUACAGGGGGUGGAUGAGCUGCUGCAGACCCCUGAGGACCUGGAGGCCCUGCCCCGCUCACAGCAACACUGUGUGGCCACGAACCUGCUCGCUGGCCUGGAGAAUGUGCUGAGAAACCUAAGCCAGGCCCUGCCCAAUGGGACAUUGACCUUCAAUGCAUCUGCAGGCACAGGUAAGUACUGGGGUCUGCCCCAGGCUCUGCUCUGCCUGUUCUUCCACAUUUGUGCCCCAGCCUCAGUGGAGUGUGUGACCAUGCUUGUAUCUCAGUAUUAUACUCAUAAACAAAUUAAAAUAAGUGAUUAAAAAGAAAUGAAUAAAUUA